AUGGCGAUGCCCAAGAGCAUGCGCCUGCUGGCGGUAGUGACGCUGGGCAUCUUCUUCUGGUUACUGUACCAGAUAUUCACCGUCACGCCGCCACCACCAGAAUCACCCUCGCUGAAGAUAGACAAAUGGACCAAGGACCCCAACCUAGACCCAACCGGCGAACCUCCGGAGCCUCUCCACCGGGUAGUCGGCAACAACUACGCGCCGGAUAACCCCCAGUCCAACCGCAUAAACGCAACGCUCCUCUCGCUGGUUCGGAAUGAGGAGCUGAAUGACAUGCUGCAGUCGAUGCGGGACUUGGAGCGGACCUGGAAUCACAAGUUCAACUACCCCUGGACCUUCCUCAACGACGUGCCGUUCACGGAGGAGUUCAAGACCAAGAUCCGCGCAGCGACGAAGGCGGAAGUCCGCUUUGACGUUGUCCCCAAAGCCCACUGGGACGUCCCUUCCUGGAUAAACAACGACCUCUACCUCGAAUCGACCGCCCUCCUCAAGGAGCAAGAAGUCCAAUACAGCGACAAAAUCUCCUACCACCAGAUGUGCCGGUGGAACAGCGGGCUCUUCUACCACCACCCGGCCCUCGCCAACUACCGCUACUACUGGCGCGUGGAGCCCAAAGUGCACUUCUUCUGCGCCGUCGACUACGACGUCUUCCGCUACAUGCAGGACCACAAUAAAACCUACGGCUUCACCAUCAACCUGUACGACUCGCCCCAAUCUAUCACGACACUAUGGCCCGAGACGAUGAAGUUCCUAGGCGACCAUCCGGAGUACCUGCACAAGAAUAACGCGUUUGAUUGGCUGCGAGAUGCGACGAGGCGGCCGGAUCAUAACAUGAAGGCGAACGGGUACAGCACGUGCCACUUCUGGAGUAAUUUCGAGAUUGCCGAUAUGGAGUUUUGGCGCAGCAGGCCGUAUGAGGAGUAUUUCAAGCAUUUGGAUCGCGCGGGCGGGUUCUUUUAUGAGAGGUGGGGCGAUGCGCCCGUGCAUAGUAUUGCGUUGGGACUGUUUGAGGAUAAGGAGCGGAUCCAUUGGUUCCGCGAUAUCGGAUACCAGCACAUCCCCUUCUUCAACUGUCCGAAUAGUCCGAAAUGCAAGGGCUGCGUCACUGGCCGCUUCACGGAUGGAGAGGCGUGGCUGAAUAGAGAAGACUGCAGGCCGAAUUGGUUCAAGUUCGUGGGGACGGGAUGA